AUGGCACAAUAUGUGAGAGCUACAUGUGAACAAUUAAGCAUCGCAGCUUCAUCUGAAUGUAAAAGGAUGGCAAAGGAAUACGAUGAUGCAAUUUCUAAUAAUACACAAAAUUCAGCAGCAACACUAAACAAAAUAAAAUUUAUCAAGCCUACAGGCAGAAGAGAAAUAAAAAAAAGGGAUCGUGUUGAACAUGGACGAGUUUUUAAAACUCAAUGCGAUUCUGAUCAAGUAAACUUGGACGUAUUACUCGAUGCUGUACCUGAACUUGAUAUAAAUGACAUUGACAAGUCGAGAAAAAUGACGGGAAAAAGCGAAGAGAUUGUGCGUGAGGAAGAAUCUAAAGCUUCUGGAUUUAUUUGUAUGAGUAAAUCUGACAAGAGGGUAAAUUGUACGCACCCGAGAAAAAGAAAUCUGCGUGAAAAUAAGCAAAACUUUUCCUUUCGGAAUGACGAAGUUGUUGCUAUUGACUUGGAGAAUCAAAGACUUUUGAGAAAUAUCAGUCAUCCUCGACCAAGCUCAGCCUCGAAAACUGCACUUGGUGGAAAUCAUUCUGUUCGUGUGAAAACCUCUUCAGAAGUCAACAGAAAGAAGUUUCAAAGAAGAAUAGACGAGGAAAAUCAGGCUAUAUUACGUCGCCUUGAAUCAGUGAAGCCAACAAAGACUUUGAAUCGAGAAUAUCUUCUACGAAAUCAAACACCUAAAGUUCAGAAACUACGAUCAACAAAAUCAUUCCAUUGCAUUCCGCAUCUCAGGAAGCAUGACUCCAAGGCUUGAAAGGAAACUAAAUUACUACUGAAGGAAGUUAUAAGGCAAGUCAGAGUACAUUACUUUAAAUUUUUCAGCGCUUGUUGUAGUAUUUUGAAUUUGUAAUGUGCAGUUAUGUUGAGUUGUAGUUAUUUUGAGUUUGUAUU